AUGUACACUGAUCAUCAGGGCACUGAUGAUCAGUGUGCCCUGAUGAUCAGUGUGGCCCCAGAAGUGCCACCUGUCAGUGUCCAUCAGUGCCAGCUGUCAGUGCUGAACAGUGCCACAUCACAGUGCACAUCAAUGCCACAUAUCAGUGCCAAUCUGAACUGCCCUUCAGUGUCACCCGUCAGUGCCAGUCAGUGCCACCUAACAGUGCCAGUCAGUGCCACCUAUCAGUGCUACCUUUCAGUGCCCAUCAGUGAUGCCUGUCAAUGCCCAUCAGUGCCACCUACCAGUGCCUCCUCAUCAGUGCCCAUCAGUGCCACCUAUCAGUGCAUCUUAUCAGUGCCCAUCAGUACAGCCUCAUUAGCGCACAUCAGU